GGGGUGUAGGGACAUGCGCCCCUCCUUCUUCAUAAUGUCCGGAUAAUAGCGGGUGUAAAGUGGAUUUUGAACUUGCAGCCAGUCGCUCAGAGGUGGAAGAGGUCCGAGCGGGUCUGCUGCAGCUGCACCGCCGGAACGACGCGCCUUCAGCCGGGCUGUUUGUCUGAGACCUCCCGGGACUCUGAAGUGAUAACCGGACACAGAGCGGCUGGUUUUAACGCUUUUCUAAGACUUUGUCGACAUGAUGUCACACGUCCUCACACACCUGCUGUGCCUGGUGUGUGCGUGCAUGGCUCGUCCUCAACCAGUGUCCCCCCGCUCGAUGAGGAUGGAGCAGAACUCACCUGCGACCGGCUCUCUGGCGGGCCGGGUGGUGCUGCCCUGCCACUUCUCCAUAAUGUCAGUUUCCACCAUGCCUACCACCCCACCUCCGGCACCUGGACCCCUCCUCCUCAGUGACGCUCUCCAUGCCAUCCCGAGCCCCGGCGAGGAACUGAGGAUCAAGUGGACCAAGCUGGUGGCAGGUGGAGAGAAGGUGGUGCUGGUGGCUCAGGGAGGCGUGGUCAAGGUGGGGCAGGACUACAAGAGCAGGGUGUCGGUGGCAAGUCAUCCACUGUCGGUUGGCGACGCCUCUCUGUUGAUGGUGCAGCUGAGGGCCAGCGACGCCGGGCUCUAUCGCUGUGAGGUCAUGCACGGGAUGGAGGAUACCCAGGACACCGUCAGCCUCAACGUCACCGGUGUCGUGUUCCACUACAGAGCUCACACAAACCGCUACUCUCUGGAUUUUCCCGGAGCCGUGGCGGCGUGUCGCAACGUGGGCGCCACCAUCGCCACGCCCGAACAACUCACGGUAGCUUUCGAGGACGGCUUCGACCAAUGCGACGCCGGCUGGCUCGCCGAUCAGUCGGUCAGGUAUCCAAUCACAGAUCCCCGUCCUGGCUGCGCAGGCAACCUGGGGAGCAGACCGGGAGUGAGAACAUACGGCAUCCGCGACACCUUCGAGAAAUACGACGUGUACUGCUACGUAGAUAAACUAGAAGGCGAGGUCUUCUUUCCGUCCUCUGUCAAAGAUAAACUCACCUUGCAGCAGGCGAGAGACGAGUGCGAGAAGCACGACGCCGUGCUGGCGUCACCUGGUCAGCUGUUUGCAGCCUGGAGGGCGGGGCUGAACCGCUGCGACUACAGCUGGCUGUCCGACGGCAGCGUCCGCUACCCCGUCACCGUCCCCAGGCCUCAGUGUGGAGGAGGUCUGCUCGGGGUCCGCACGCUCUACAAGUAUGAAAACCAAACCGGCUUCCCGGAGCCGUCCGACAGAUUCGGACUUUUCUGUUUCAAAGCUAAACUACCAGAGCCGACGACCGCGAGUCCACCGAUGACCCCAGCUGAGUACAGCCCUACAUAUGCUCCCCACACUCCGACACCUGGAUCACUCAUACACCCUGAAAGAGCUGAAAUUCAAGCAAGAGUACCAGAUCCUGUCACAGAGAGAUCAAACACAGCCUCACCAGACCAACACGGAGCCCCCCACACAGAUUCAGACCACACCACAGCCUCCGUGACCCCGACUCCCACGCUAGACGACUACGACGUUCCAGAUUUUAAUGACUCACACAGGGUAGAGUCGGUGCCAGACAUCCUGAUCCCCAUGGAGCUCCCUCCUUUACCCACCACCCGCUCACAGCCCGCACACCUUGACAUCUCCGAUGGAGACGAUGGAGACCAGACGGGGUCAGGCCAAGACGAGAGCAGUGGCAGCGGGGACUCAGGCAGCAGCGAUGAUAGCUCAAGCGGGGCUGAGGUGGGAGCGGUGGUGACCCCAACAGAAGUGUGGGUGAAGAAAACAUCAACACCAAGCGAGCUUCUAGAAACCACAUCGAGGCCAUCAGAGCUUCAAGAGACCACUCCAGACCGUGACACCCCUGGACCGGGUCAGGAGAUCGAAACCACAUCGAGGCCAUCACAGCUUCAAGAGACCACUCCAGACCGUGACACCCCUGGAUCGGGUCAGGGGAUUGAAACCACACCGAGACCAUCAGAGGUUCAAGAGACCACUCCAGACCGUGUCACUCCCGGACCGGGUCAGGAGAUCGAAACCACAUCAAGGCCAUCACAGCUUCUAGAGACUGACCAAGACCGUGACACCCCUGGACCGGGUCAGGGGAUUGAAACCACACCGAGACCAUCAGAGGUUCAAGAGACCAUUCCAGAAGUUCAAACCCCAGAACCAGGCCUCACAGUUUGGACCGGAGAGGAGGCGCAACAACCAGCAGUUGUCUUUAAAGAGGACGUCACCUCUGGAAUCACCACUGACGAUGGGGGGUCAUCGGCCAAACCACCUUUCCAUCUCAUCAUCGUCAAUGUGCACGACCAAAAUCAAUCAGUUGACGACAUCUUAAACAUCUUGAACCAGCCUGGGGUCAUCGGAGGGACCCACCCCCACUUCCCCCAGAUCACCGACCUUUCACAGCUAACCAGUGAAGCCAUCAUCGGCAGCGGAGACGUCGACCCUCUCGAGCCUUCUCCCAUCAACCUGCCUCCGACCGUCAGCUUUGUCAACGGAAAACACGAGGUGACUUUUGAGCCGGAGCUGCCGGAGGAAGUCAGAGGAGAUCAGUUUGAGACGGCCACUCCUGUCCACGUAGGCGAGGAGGUGGAGGUAGAAGAAGAAGGAGCAGAGAAGGAGGAGGAGGAGAGCGCGACUUUUGAUUACAGUGCCAUAGAAAUCCACACAGAGGAGACACCUACAAAGGAAACUCCCACAGACACAUACCCAGAUGUAGUCACAGGCUCGGGUAUUGGUGCCGACGUGGUUCCUGAAGUCUUUACUGACUUAGAUGGAGGCAAAACCCAAGAACCAGGUGAUCAGACAGCAACAGGAACCACCACCAAGACCCCGUAUACGUUCCCCGUCUCAUCCCCAGCACCCACCACACCAUCAGGCUCAGCCCUCCCCGGCGUCUCCCAGCCGACAACUCACUGGGUCUCCAGCUACGAGGACGAGGAAGGCUCCUCAAACUCCGGCUUUGGUCCUUCUGUGCAGGAGGGCUCUGCAGACGAUGCUUCGCCCACCCCGGCUGCAGGCAGCCGGUCUGAUGUGAUGACCGACGAGACAGAAAUCGGAGGGACGGAGCUUCCGACUUCAAUCCCAGACACGCCGCCGCCGCCAUCCACUACCACAUGGACACAGACGGAAGACUUCGAAGGUUCUGCCUCUGGAGAGGACGAGGCUUCAGGACAAGACCCGCCAGAGAUACCCAAGUUUACCAGCACGCUACCACCAACUUAUUCCACCCGUCACACCCAACAGCCUCAACCUACAGCGGGCAGUGAAGUCACGGACGUGCCGGUGUUUUUACCACCUAUUUCCACGGUCACGGAGCCAGGCUCAGGUGCAGAGCAGCUGUCCGGAGAGGGGGAGGUUUCUGGGGAACACGGUGGUCUGGUUGACCUGGUUCCUAAAGCGGUCACCGUUACUGCUUUACCAGAUGUGGCAGCUGUGAGAGACCAAACCACACUCACCACAGACACUCGGGACAUAACCUCAGAACCUAGCACGCCAGAAUACUCCACACACCCCACAGAUGAUAAGAAACAUCUCGCCGUUACCGCAGAGCCUGCAUCCACGACCUCUGUAGACCACACCGAGCUUUACGGACUCCAGACCGAGCAGCAGUCCACCGCGGCCUCCACGCAGUACGUAAGCCAGUCCGACCUUUCCACGACUUUACCCCUGUACACGUUCGACCACAGCCCCUACUCCAUCCCCCAGUGGGCUCUGAUCCCAGACCCCUCUGCCACCCCUCUACCGGAGGCUGAUUCUGUGGACUACGACAGCGUCCCAUCGUUGCUGGAGUCGCAGCCUCUGACACCAAAAGAGAUCGUGGCUACGGAGGAACCAGAGAGCGGCACUGACUCAGCUUAUUCCGUGGACGCCAGCACAGUGAACAUCAGAGAUCUCCUGCCGUGCUCGGCCGCUGUGUGUCUGAACGGAGGCUCCUGCUACAGAAAUGGAGCGCAGAACAUCUGCCUGUGCGCACCUGGAUACACCGGACAGCACUGCGAGACAGAUGUCGACGAGUGCCAGUCCAACCCGUGUCUGAACGGAGCCACCUGUGUGGACGGAGUCAACUCCUUCACCUGCCUCUGCCUGCCCAGCUAUGCAGGAGAGCUCUGCGAGCAAGACACCGAGGUUUGCGGGUUCGGUUGGAGGAAGUUCCAGUCUCACUGCUACAAGUACUUCACGCACCGCCGGACGUGGGACGCCGCGGAGAGGGAGUGCCGGCUGCACGGCGCCCACCUGGCCAGCAUCCUGUCGCAGGAGGAACAGCUGUUUGUCAACCGUCUGGGAAGUGAUUACCAGUGGCUCGGCCUCAACGACAAGAGUUGAGAAGACUUCAGAUGGACUGACG